ACUUACCCUUCCACUUUAAAACCUUAGCUUUCAUUUCUUCAACUCUUCCUUGCUAUCUUUCGGCAUUGUUUUCCACAAUAUCAAAUGGAGAGAGUGACAAAGUUGGCUUCCGAGAAGCCCGUUGUGAUCUUCAGCAAGAGUUCAUGUUGCAUGUCCUACACCAUUAAAACCCUUUUUUACAACUUCGGGGUCGACCCUGCAGUUCACGAGCUCGAUGAGAUCCCUAGAGGACGCGAAAUCGAACAAGCUCUCUCGAGACUCGGUUGUAAUCCUUCCGUUCCGGCUGUCUUCAUUGGUGGUGACCUUGUUGGUGGAGCCAAUGAAGUCAUGAGUCUUCAUCUUAACAGAUCCUUAGUCCCAAUGCUUAAACGAGUGGGUGCCCUUUGGGUUUAACCCUAAGCUCCUCUAA